AUGAAUACCACAAGUACCACACCCUUGGAAAAUGUAGCUGUCAAGCUGGUUACGGAUAAAACAAGACGCAAGCGACUUAAAGUGAUCAGUGCAUGUUGUGAAUGUAGAAGAAAAAAGACUAAAUGUAAUGGAGAGAAACCUUGUGUUGGUUGUAUAAAGACAAAUGUUGAAUGCAAGUAUGCCAACAAUAACAACAACAAUUCUCAACAAUCCAUCAAGACGGCAAGUAAAUCAGCUGCUGCUACUUCUACUUCUACAACUACUACCACAACACCUACAACCCCUAUUGUUGCCAAUGCUAAUAAUACGACAACAAAUACUUUCAACACAAAUCAAAUGAAUGACAUAAAUAAACUUUCCCUUCAAUCGAUCGAACAACGUCUUGCUGCUAUUGAAGAUAUUCUCCAGCUACUAUUGCAACAACAACAACAACAACAACAACAACAGCAGAUUUCGGAAUCUCGUCAUAUGAACUCCGGUUAUCCCUCAUCUCAUUCCGGUAAUUAUUACGGUAAAAGAAAGCAUGAAGAGGUAGAUGAUUACUACUCUAUCCGAUUGCCUCCUCCUUUAAACUAUUCUGAAUCUUCCUCUUCUUCAUCCGUUUCCUCUACUUCUCCAAAAUUGAAUACAAUUCAAAACUUGUUAAAUGAAGGUGAUAAUAAACAACAUUAUCAUCCAUCAAGGCCCUCUGCUUUUUAUAGAUUAACUGCCGGUUCAGAUACUCGUUACUAUUAA